AUGCCUGUUGAUCUUCAACCAGGGGAAAUGAAAUCCAUUACUGCUGAUACAGUUUUACGGGAAGGAAUGCUAUCAGGAGAGUGUCAGUUUUGCCUAGAGUCUCUUCCUGAAGAGGAUUCAUUUAAAGGCUGGACUAUCAUGCCCGAGGUAAAAGACUGGCGAA